GUGAGACACACGCACAGCACAUCGAAAGAUCAGUUGUCGUUUAAACCUUCGAUAAGCAACAGCAAUAUCAUACGCAGUAUACGAUUCAGAAAAUAAAAGUCAUUUUAAGUGAAUAAAGCGGUCAAAUAUUUGAAUAAACACACUUUCUUUUCUGCGUGAUUCAGAAAUAUUUUUAAAUAAUUCUUUCAUAAACAUUUAACUCUGUGUGUCGUACGGUAAGCAGCAUUAAGAAGAUGCCUUGCCCAUUUUUGACUCGCCUCAGUACAAACUAUGUGCGUAACUAUGCUCCGGUAUUGUUAAAAACCUAUGGUUCACAAUGUCCGGUUGUUUCACGCUCAAUUUCAUCGUUGCAAACUCCACCAAUUGCCAACGUAUCAACAUCGACUAAUGCAAACGCCACUGAGCCAUCCGUUCAGCCAACUAAUUUGGAUUCGAAUGAUACAAAGUGUCCAUUUUUGUCAUCAUCUUCGGCCGCCAACAUUGUUCGCAAUGUGACUGAUUCCGUCGAAGAUAUACCAACCGAACGGACAUUUGCUUAUGAGAAUUUCUUUCAUGAGCAAAUUCAGCGCAAAAAGAAGGAUCAUUCGUAUCGUAUCUUCAAGAAGGUGAACCGAUUGGCGGGCGUCGGAGAAUUUCCAAAAGCAUUCGAAUAUUCAUGGGGUGAAAAACCGAUAACCGUUUGGUGUUCAAAUGAUUACUUGGGUAUGUCAUGUCAUCCAGAAGUUAAGGCAGCAGUUAAAAAGGCGCUAGAGGAAAAUGGAGCCGGAGCUGGGGGGACGCGAAACAUUUCGGGCAAUACCCUUUAUCAUGAAAGUUUGGAGAAGACGUUAGCAAAUUUGCAUCAGAAGGAGGCUGCUUUGGUGUUUACAAGCUGUUACGUGGCCAAUGACACCACAUUAUUUACGCUUGCCAAACAAUUGCCCGGUUGUCAUAUCUUUUCGGAUGCUGGAAAUCAUGCGUCAAUGAUACAAGGAAUACGAAAUAGUCAGGCACCAAAGCAUAUCUUCCGUCACAAUGAUCCCAAGCAUUUAGAUGAAUUGUUAAGCAAGGUUGACAAAUCGGUGCCGAAAAUUGUCGCCUUUGAAACGGUACAUUCAAUGACCGGUGCCGUUUGUCCACUGGAAAUAUUGUGUGACAUUGCACAUGACCACGGUGCAUUGACUUUUAUUGAUGAAGUGCAUGCAGUUGGUUUAUAUGGUGAACAUGGUGCUGGCAUUGGGGAACGUGACGGACAAUUACAUAAAAUGGACAUAAUAAGUGGAACACUGGGUAAAGCUUUCGGGAAUAUCGGUGGUUAUAUUGCAUCAUCCUCUAAUUUGGUCGAUGUUAUUCGUUCUUAUGGAGCUGGCUUCAUUUUUACGACGUCUCUACCACCGACUGUACUGGCCGGUGCACAAAAAGCUAUUGAAAUUCUGGCAUCGGAUGAGGGACGAGCAUUACGUUCAAAGCAUCAAGAUAAUGUACGAUAUUUGCGUACAGCAUUGAAGAAGGAAGGUUUCCCCGUGGAACACACUCCAAGUCAUAUCAUUCCCAUUAAACUCGGUGACCCAUUGAAAUGCACACAAAUUUCCGAUUUGAUGAUUCAAGAGCACGGUCACUAUGUGCAGGCAAUCAACUAUCCGACUGUUGCACGCGGCCAAGAAAAAUUACGUUUGGCACCGACACCGUACCAUACACGCCCAAUGAUGGACAUUCUUGUUGCUGACAUGAAAAAAGUUUGGAAGAAACUCGAAUUACCUUUGGAAGGUUCACAGUGCACUGAGGAAUGUGCUUUUUGCCGUAAACCAAUUUUAUUCGAGCAUUUUGAAGAACGUACCCGCGGAUGCGGCAUUGAGAUCAACUGUGCCAUUCCAAAUUGCCCACAAAUGGUUGUUGCUGCCAAUUAAAACUGCACAUUAUCGAAAAUGGAUCACGAUUUUAUUUUAAUUUUAUUUUUUACUUCUUUUAAUUUGGUGUUGUGGAUUUGGUUAUCAAUGUAACUUUUAUCGCGAGGAAAGAUAUAAUAUGAUUUGAUUGGUUUUGUGAUAUAUUUUUUUUUCAAAAAAGCAUUACCAAUUUUUAUUCAACAAAUAUAUCCAUGAGGUGUUUUUAUGUUAUUUUACUCUUUUUUUUCAACAUGGUGCA